GGUGCCGUGUUGUCAAUGUACUCUUCUCGAAUCUCUUCUCGAAUUCUUCUUCCAACAACCACUGGAAAAGAUGGCGGAAGUGGAGAAGGAUGGUGAUCCUGCGACUGACAAAGAUGAUUUACAGAUUUUAAAAGAACGAGUGGAUGAGUUGUAUCAUUUUCGGGAUCAUUACUUUGAGACUCACUGUGUGGAGGAUGCAAAGAGGAAACCGAGUGAUGUGGCACAGGAGAUGGAGAAGACACUAAAGAAGCUGGAGGAGAAAGAAGGUGAGAUAACAGAAAAGAAAGAGUCGUAUAAGCACAGUGCUGAGUUCCUGCUGCUGCGGGGCCGCUCCCUGGGGGUGGCUCCGGAGUUUAGCACCACCGCUGGGGAGUGCCUGUCCCGGGCCGUGAAGCUGGAGCCUGGACUAGUGGAGGGCUGGAACACACUGGGAGAGCAGUAUUGGAAGAAAGGAGACCUGACCACCGCUAAGACCUGCUUCACUGGAGCCCUGCAGCAGAGUAAGAACAAAGUAUCUCUGCGUAGUCUGUCCAUGGUGCUGAGGCAGCUGCCAGGAGGGGGCGGGGAUGAGCAGGGGAAGAGGGUGCUGGAGAGCGUGGCCAUGGCCAGGCAGGCUGUACAGCUGGACGUCACCGACGGCACCUCCUGGUACAUCCUGGGGAAUGCCUACAUCUCCCUGUUCUUCACCUGCAGACAGAAUCCACAGAUGUCUCAGCAGGCUCUGAGUGCCUAUGCACAGGCUGAGAAAGUGGACCGAACAGCAACCUCCAACCCCGAUCUGCACUUCAAUAGAGCCACGCUGUUUCAGUAUGAGGAGAUGUUUGGGUCUGCCCUGGGCGGGUACAGUCGCGCUGCGGCCCUGGACCCUGCGUGGGAUGAGCCUCCAGAGAGGGAGAGGCAGCUACUGGAAUACCUGGAGAAACUCACAGCACUCACAGAGAACAAGGGGAAGGUGAAAGCCCGGCGCCUGCGAACGAUGCUCUCCAACCUCAGCCCGUUGGCCCUGGGGCCGUGCUCCUCCCCUCAGUUCCGCUCCCCCGCAGGCCGCGUUGGGAGCCUGGAGCCCCGGACCCUGUCUGCCCUGACACACGGCCACAACGCUGGGGUGGCUGCCCUGGGAAAGGUGGUGUUCAGCCUGGCCUCAGAGGGACGCAUGGCCUUUACGUUCGGCAUGGUGGACAGUGAGGAAACAUGCUGCGUGGUCAUGGUCUAUAACACAGCAGACAACUGGGGAGUUCUGAUUGGAGACUCUGUGGUCAUCCCGGAGCCACAGGUCAAACGCCACAGUGUAGCACACAACGACCAGACGUUUGACUUCCGCAGUAUACGAGUGGACUCCCCUCUGCUCCUCAUCGUCAACGGCAAGAGACAGAACGUCCAGGCUCAGACUGCAGCCUCAGUCAGCUACAAGCCCCAGAGUGAAUGAGAGAAGGGGGUGCCUCUAUCUAAAAAAAGGCCUGUGUGCCUUUUUUUUUUUAAUCUUAGUUUUGUAAAUAGUAGAUCCUUGUUUGUUAAAUAGUCUUUAGGAAUACACUGUUUGUACAUAUUUAUAAAUAUUUUUGUUUGUAUUUUGUUAAAGUGGGAGGGAGGCUGGGGGAUUUAGUAAAUUACUGACUACUAAUAUGAUUAUUUUUUUUCACUGUAUUAUUGACUAUAUGUUUGUUUUUACUCCAUGUGUAACUAUGUGUUGUUGUAUGUGUCGAACUGCUUUGCAUUAUCUUGGCCAGGUCGCAAUUGUAAAUGAGAACGUGUUCUCAAUUUGCCUACCUGGUUAAAUAAAGGUUAAAUAAAAUAAAUAAAUAAAUGAUAAUUAAUUGUGGUGAAGAUGGUGUCAGACAUGGUUUCAAGACAUUAAAACAAAUAUGUCUCCAAUGUGGACAUGAUUUCAACUUUUGCUUUAUCAUUAGCUUAUGUAGUUGAUCACCUUUCAUCGUGAUGUUGUGCAAACAUUAAGUUGUGAAUCAAAGUAACUUCUGGUAACAAAAAUGCAACCACUAAACUACAAUAUCAAACUG